AGAUGGAGCAGGAGAGAAACAUGAGUGUCAACGAAGAGGAGGAAAGGAAUAUUGGGAUUAAGCAGAAGAAGAAAAGGGAACUCGGAGGAGUCAAAACACUUCCAUUCAUUAUCGCAAAUGAAAUCUCAGAGAGAUUUGCAACAGUGGGGUUUCAUGGGAAUAUGAUAACGUACCUAACACAGGAGCUGAACUUGCCGCUGGUGAAGGCAUCCAACAUCCUCACCAAUUUUAAAGGGUUUGCUGCUUUCACUCCCCUCGUCGGCGCUCUCAUUGCCGACUCUUUUGCCGGUCGAUUUUUGACCAUCAUUGCCAGUUCGAUUCUCUAUGAAUUGGGAUUGGUUAGCAUCAUCCUAUCUGCAAUCCUACCCGGGCUCCGUCCCCUGCAUUGCCCUGCUCAAGAGAACUGCAAGGAAGCCUCUAAGUUACAGCUAUGGGUCCUCUACACCUCUCUUCUCCUCACUUCCCUUGGAUUGGGCGGACUCAGGCCUUGCAUAGUUACCUUUGCUGCAGACCAACUCGGCAUGAGCAAGAAAGAAAUGGAGUCUCGGAACUGGAAUUUCUUCAACUGGUACUUCUUCUGUCUGGAAUUAGCAUCACUAGCUGCUCUAACGUUUGUGGUAUAUGUCCAAGAGCAUGUGGGUUGGGGUUGGGGUCUUGGAAUUCCUGCUCUUGCCAUGGCCUUAUCAAUCACAGUCUUUAUCAUUGGAUCUUCUUAUUAUAAGAAACAGAAGCCAGAAGGGAGUCCAUUAAUUAGAUUGGCUCAGGUUAUUGGUGCUGCUCUGCGUAAGAGGAAAGAAGUUGCACCAGCGGAUUCGGGAGUGUUGUACGAAAAUGACGAACUUGAUGCAGCUAUUUCUUCCAAUGGAAGGCUUCUCCACACCAACCAGUUCAAGUGGUUUGACAAAGCUGCAGUAGUAGCAGAUACUGAUAACCCAUCCUCGAACCCACCCAAUCUAUGGAGGCUCUCCACUGUCCACCGGGUUGAAGAACUAAAGUCCAUUGUCCGAAUGCUACCCAUUUGGGCAUCUGGAAUCUUACCCAUCACCGCCUAUUCCCACCAGGAAAGCUUCAGCAUCCAACAGGCUCGCACCAUGGAUCGUUCCCUUUCCCCCUCCUUUAAAAUCCCCCCAGCCACUAUGUCUAGCUUCGAAAUCAUUAGCAUUCUCAUUGGCCUCUUACUGUACGAGCGGCUAUUCGUCCCCUUCGCUCGCCGUUUCACCAAAAAGCCUAACGGGAUCACGUCCCUACAGAGAAUUGGAAUGGGUUAUGCGAUCAGCAUUUUCGGUACCCUUGCUGCAGCUCUGGUGGAGAUCAAGCGGAGAGGUGUGGCGGCCAAUCACGACUUGAUAGGAAAUCCGGCUGCUGUUAUUCCAAUAAGUGUGUUUUGGUUGGUUCCUCAGUACUGGAUCCAGGGGACGGCUUUGGCUUUAAUUACUGUUGGGCGAAUAGAGUUCUUUUAUGACCAGGCACCAGAGAGCAUGAGAAGCACUUCUGCGUCCUUCUUUUGGAUAGCAAUAGCUUUGGGGAAUUACACCGGUACCCUGAUGGUAUCGUUGAUUCAUGAGUACACCGGGAAAGGGGGAGGGAAAAACUGGAUUCCAAAUCGGAACCUCAACAAUGGAAGAUUGGAGUACUACUACUUGUUUGUGUCUGGACUGCAGCUAGCUAAUCUGAUAUACUAUAUGAUAUGCACCAAAUUUUAUGCAUAUAAGGCCUUGGAAGAGGUAAGUGAAGGUGGAAUGGAAGCAGGAGAUGCAGAGUUAACUACAAAUAGAACCCCAUCUGGGUCAAUGGGUGAUGGUCAUGACAAUGGAGAAACAAUGAAGUAAAGAGUUCAGUGUGUUUUAGUCAAAUUACUUUCUCCUGAUAUCAGGAUUGAGGUGUAAUCGGUGUAUGGCUGAUAUCAAUUUUUGCUGACCACUUUUUGGAAAAUUUGCCAUGAUAUAUUUAGAUAUUGGAUAUGUGAAGAAAAAAUUGGAAAAUGAAAUGGAUAUUAAUUAUUUCUAGAUGCUAC